CUGGCCCAAGCCGAGGAGCGCCCAGGGGACAAUGGGCAGGCGCGGCGUGGCUAUGGUGGUGCUCCUCUCGCUGUCCACCUGCUUGCGCCUGGGGCAGCCGCUCGGGGUCCGCGGCUCGGGGCCCGCCCCCCCGGCGGCGGGGUUGCCAACAUCGUACCCCGCACCUCCCCAAACGCCCAAUCUCACGCCCAAUCCGACGCCCAAACCGACACCCCACCCGACGCCCCACCCGACGCCCAACCCCACGCGCAACCCCACACGGGUUUCGACUCGGACGACGCCGCACACGGCUUGUUGGUUCUCGCCUGUAUCGUCGUGCCCAUGCUCUGAUGAAGAUGUUUCUGGUUGCGACUUGCCCGAAUGCUUCAUCGGAAUGACGGGUGGGCAGAUGUGUGAAGCUGAUUGGUUUCUGCCAGAUCUGAAUCCACAUUUCAAUAGUAACAAUUGUCCUAAUGGUUACGACGUGUGGGAGUACAUGUGUGAGGCUUCGACUACGGUUUCAACUGCUACUUCGACGUCGGACACGAGUUCUUCCUCCACCACGAGAACGGUGACAGCCACGAGCUUCUUCACGACAGCGAGCGCCACCACGGAGACGACGUCGGCCACCAUCGAGACCAUCACGAGCUCGUCUUUUAGUACAGCCAGCACCAGCACGACGGCGACAGCCACUAGUUCGACCACGGCAACAAGUUCCAUCACGGAGACGCCAACGGCCACCACGGCGACCACGGAGACUGUCACUACAGAGACUGCCGCGAGCACCUCCACAGAGAUUGCAAUUGUUAUUUCGACGUCGGGCACCAGUUCUUCCUUCACCACGAGAACGGCGACAGCCACGAGCUCCUCCACGACAGCGAGCGCCACCACGGAGACUACGACGGCCACCAGCGAGACCAUCAUGACCUCGUCUUUUAGUACAGCCAGCACCUCCACGGAGACGGCGACAGCCGCGAGCUCGACCACGGCAACAACACCUCCACGGAGACGGCGACAGCCACGAGCUCGACCACGGCAGCAAGUUUUAUCACGGAGACGCCAACGGCCACCACGGUGACCACGGAGAUUGCCCCUACAGAGACUGCCACGAGCGCUUCCACAGAGACUGCAACUGUUACUUCUUCGGCGUCGGACAUCAGUUCUCCCGCUGCAGCGAGAACGGCGACAGCCGCGAGCGCCACCAUGGAGACGACGACGGCCACCAGCGAGACCAUUAUGACCUCGUCUUUAAGUACAGCCAGCACCUCCACGGAGACGGCGACAGCCACGAGCUCGACCACGGCAGCAAGUUUUAUCACGGAGACGCCAACGGCCACCACGGCGACCACGGAGACUGCCACUACAGAGACUGCCACGAGCACCUCCACCACAGAGACUUCAACUGUUACUUUGGCGACAGGAACCAGUUCCACCACGUCAACGGCGACAGCCACCAGCUCCUCCACGACAGUGAGCGCCACCACGGAGACGACGACGGCCAUCACCGGGACGUCCACGAGCUCGUCUUCGAGUACAUUCAGCACCUCCGUGGAGACGGCGACAGCCAUCACGGAUACGGGCACGGCAACGGCGACGAGCUCAUCCUCAACAGGAACUGGCACCACAGGAACGGUGACUGCCACAACAGAGACGGCAACUGUAUCCUCCACGACUGCAACAACCAUCACAGAGAGAGGGGUUGUGUCGACUACGUUGGCGUUGCCCGCUGCUGCAGGCGCCACGCAGUUAGCGGUGGUGUCCGUGCUAGGCUUCAGAGUCGGAGAUGUGAUUUUGAUCGCUGGUGGUGGCGUCAGCGAAUUGGGGACAAUCUCGGGCAUCGGGCCGAUCGUUCUGGCCGACGGAACUACGAACUCAUACCCAGUUGGUUCUAUUGUCUCUGUGUAUCACUCGACAGACGCUCCGACUCCAGCGCCCACGGCCGCUCCGGUAACGAUGGCGGCGAUCGGACGCUUGGAAGAUUCCGUGCUUGGUGCCCUGCUUGCGAGCAACAGCCUCAACGCAGUGGUGACAGCGGAGGGGAUCGUCAGCGUCGCGCGUGUGGUGAAUAUUUCGACGGAUGCGUCGGACGAGUCGGUCAGGGUCGAUAUGGCGGACAUCGGCGCGAGCGUCGUUUUUCCGUUGUCGUUGUUCGCGGACUUUGGCCUCCGCGACGCGGUCGUGGUGGCGUCCACCGUCGAGCCCGGCGCCCUCGCCACCUUCGCCGAGGGCCCGCGGACCACCGGCGAGGGCGUUACCCAGGAGCUGCUGUCGGCGAUCAGCAUCAACUUCUUCGAGCUGGCUGGCAGCCGCAUCUCCGUCUCGGAUCUCGCCGAGCCGAUCCGCUUCUCCCUGCCCAGCUCCAGCUCGAGCGGGCUGACGUGCGCGUGGCUGGACGAGGGCGCGGGCGAGUGGACCACCGAGGGCGUCUACGCGGACGGCUUCGCGGCAGACGGCAGCGUCUGGUGCGCCACGUUGCACCUCACCUUCUUCGGGGCGAUCCUCUCGGGGUUCCUGUCCACGCUCCAGUGCACCCAGGCCUCGCUGCUCGCGGCUGACAGUUACAUUGAGCUCAUGAAUGGCACCUGGUACCACAGCGUGGGCACCCAGCUGUUGUUCCUCGUCCUGGGAGGCUUAGUCGUCAUGGUUGCGGCCGCCUGUGUCCUCGACGAGAUCGAGCGCCGACGGGGUUUCUGGAAGACAGAGUAUUUCCUGAUCGCCAACGCCGCGGCGCCAGCGACGGGCAUGGCCGCGUUGGCAGCAGGUGUCGGCGUCGGCCAGGGCAACCUAGCAUGUUGCACAGAAGGCGUCGUCGGGGGUCUGAAAGAAGCGGUCGACGACCUCCUCGGCACGUUCUUCGCAUACCUCGGGCAUAUCCGGAGUGUUUUGGAGGAGCUGAUGGUGUGCCAGUUUGAAGGCGGCUUCCUUCACGCCCUUGCCCCCAUAAUCAUUUCCAAGAGUGUCCUACGGAGCACUUCGGCCUCGUACUUUCUGCUUGCCGACGACUUGGGAGUCUUGCUCAACGAGGACGUGGACCAGCUGAUUUCGCCGAAGCAAGGGAUCACGGGCGAUGUGGACGACGCAGUCGCAGACGCAUUUCGCCGAAGCAGCCUUGACUGCGGCAGCUUCGACCAUGUCUUAGACGUGGACGGCGAGGCGAACGCCUCGCAGAGUGCAGUCACGCUUGCGGGCGCAGGGCUCUUUUCCCGGGGCGCCGCUCGACGUCUCAGGCGGCUGAAGGAGCUGAGGGACCACGUGCUCGAGCACCAGAGGUACAACUUCAACCGCCACGCGAAUUGGUGCCACCUCGCCAGAUCUCUGGUUAUGUCGCUGCUUGUCCACGGCCCGUUGGGGUCCGUGUUCUGCCGCAGCAUCACGAUGUCUCAUUCAUUGCGGGCCCUCUAUCUGUGCUGCGACUUAUUGGGGUCCAUGAUGUUGGCGACCGUCUUUUGCUCCGCGACUGGUGGCGCCCUAAGCAAGAAGUCACCGAAGGGGUGUGAGUCCGAUUGCCUGGACCCUGACAGCGGCGUAGACAGUGCGACUUGUGCAUACAUGCAUUUCGGGCGAUUAAUAGCCAUCGGAAUGGUCAGCACGCUGAUCGCUGGCGUCCCGAUUUCCAUACUGAAUUCUUUGCAUCAGCGGGAAUUCGUUCGCGUGGCUUAUGAGGGCAGCCCGGACUGGCGCAUACAGCUCCGAAAAUGGCGUCGAAACGACGCGAUUAUUUGGGUACUCGGACCCGCCUAUUGUCUGCUUGCAGGCAACUACGUGUGCUUGUUCUUCGCGAAUGUGGCGUCAUAUGACCAGGGGCAGUGGAUGAUCAGUGCUUGUAUUGUUUUUUUCGAAGACUUUGUUAUCCUUCCUCUAGGAGUUGGUUUUGUGGUUGCUCUGCUUGCGCUAGUGUUCCUCACAGGCUUGUCGUGGAAAUACGGAUUGGCGAGGUCGCAAAUUACACAGCAGGGCAGCGCCGAGUCCCUCAGGGAGCUGUGCAGCAACACCAGGGACAGGGGCGAUAUUCAGCGGACGUCAACCACCGAAAGCCUCGCCGCUUCCAAAGCGAUGCGGUCGUUGCGGCAGAUGCAGACAGGCCGCAGAGGGUUGAUGCGAGAGGACGAUGGGCCGUUCGAGGUGCACUGCUUUCAAGACGUUGGCCUCGCCGACCUCGCACGCCUGACUCCUCGAUCCAUCGGCUGAGGCGGUCUUCGAUCGAGCGCCGCGGUCGAGCGACCACAGCCGGCGUGCCGCCCGGCCAUGGCCUGUGUCAUUUCAGUUGGCGGAGUGGCCCGGACGAGUACGAUUUGGAGCGGAUGCUGCUUACGGGGAGG